AUGGGUGAUAGGGUUAGGCACUCUCUCUCCGCUUACGCAUUAGUCAACCAUGUAGCACAUAGAUGCCCUUGUGCAUAUCUACAGUCUGUCCACAUCCAGAUAUACAGAUCCAUUACGUCGGUUCAAAGAGAGACCCACAAUUUUCUUGCAUUUUCUUUCUUAUAUCAUCUUGAUUGCAGCAGUGAGGUACGGGGAGAAUAUACAAACACCACCACUUGCGUAGAUGCGUGUUCAGAAAUGAAGAAGGAUAAUUUCACAUGGGGGCCAUUGAUAGAGGAGUUCACUUUUGCUAUAAAUUCGGCUCCCUUCAAUAGCUGUCAUGCUUCUACCAUAGUGGAGGUCGAUCAAGAUCAUUUUUUGGUUGCUUAUUUUGGGGGUUCAGCGGAGGGAGCACCUGAUGUAAAAAUUUGGUUGCAGACUUACAAGGAUGGCUAUUGGCACUCUCCAAUAAUUGCUGAUGAACAAGACAAUGUUCCAAUGUGGAAUCCUGCAUUAUUUAAGCUUCCAUCCAAUGAGUUGCUUCUGUUUUAUAAAAUCGGGCAAGAGGUUCAAAAAUGGAGUGGAUGUAUGAAGCGGUCCUUUGAUGGAGGUAAUACUUGGACAGAAAGGGAACAGCUUCCUCCCGGCAUAUUAGGACCAAUUAAGAAUAAGCCUAUUUUGCUGGGAAAUGGCCAAUUGCUCUGUGGAUCUUCAGUGGAAAGUUGGAAUUCAUGGGGGGCAUGGAUGGAGAUCACUGCAGAUUCUGGAAGAACAUGGAGAAAGUAUGGACCUAUCUAUAUUCAAAACGAAUCCCUUAGCGUGAUUCAACCGGUUCCUUACCAGACUGGGACUGGGACCUUGCGUGUUCUGUUGAGAUCCUUCGAUGGCAUUGACAGAGUGUGUAUGUCAGAAUCUCUUGAUGGUGGCCAAAGCUGGAGUUAUGCAAAACCUACUGAACUGCCCAACCCAAAUUCAGGCAUUGAUGGGGUUAAGCUGAAGGAUGGCCGUCUCUUACUUGCUUACAAUACAGUCUCCAGGGGUGUGCUCAAAGUUGACCUCUCAACAGAUGACGGAGACUCAUGGGAUGAUGUUUUGACAUUAGAGGAGACUAUGGGAAUGGAGUUCUCUUAUCCAGCUGUUAUUCAAGCCAGUGAUGGAUUAGUUCACAUUACUUACACUUAUAACAGAACACAGAUUAAGCAUGUUGUUCUUCAACCCAACUGA